AUGUCACGUUGUUUCACGUUACUCUUGGUUUGUAAGUUAUUCUUUUGUGAUUUCCACUUCCAUUGAAGUUAUAUUGUGUUAUCUUAAUGUAUCUCGCUUUUUGGGAAAUAAUUUUCCGGAAUGGCAGCAAUUACUGCACUGGGAGUGUAAACAUAUAAUUAUGAGAAAAUUUGUUAUUGUAGCAUUAUGUUUUCAACUACAAUAUGCACUUAAAUUUGGUGUUUCAUACGGUUCAAAGGUGCUAUUGUAUCCAUAGUGUAUGUUUUAUGUAAUAGUAGUAUGUUAGCUGUUUUUUGCGACUUUACUGUGGUUUCUGCAGUACAUUUUACACUGUAAUAUAACACUUUAAUAUAAUCAUUUGUUUCAGGGCUGACAUUUGUAAUCAUAACGGAACAGUCGACACUCCGGCCGCCAUCCAAACGCCUCAACUUCAACUUCAUGAGGACAUGGCAGCCCUUUAACGGUGCCCCCAUCCCCUCCUACAACUCACAUCCAGAACGUCAGAAUGUGGUACAAAGGGCGAUCGACUCGCCACGGCGACGAAUCCACAACCGACUUCUUUGUAUGGCAGCUUUAGCAAAUCCGAUCGCUUGUGCCGGAGUGUGA